UACAACAAAAAGGAGUUUGAGCGUGCUUUGAAUGAGUAUUGGCGUGGUGUAUAUAAAAUCCGAGGGUUUUGACAUUGAAGGUAUCGUAGGACCAGUGGGUAAUGUUAUGUCCGGACAGAUGGUAUCCUUUGAUUGCGAAGGUCUCAACUCCCGUAAUUGUCCCCUUGGUUGGAAGGUUAAGUGUUACGGGAAACUUGGUCUUCAUCGUUACAAUUUGAUCAAGGGUACAAACUUGGAGCUACAUAGUUUGUUCAAAUUCAACAAGUGGGGCUCUGGUGCUUCUUCCUUCUUCAUCACUUUGGCUGCUAGUCAUGAUGCAUUUAGCCUCCCUUGCAUGCAAACUUUUCAGGUUCGUGUUGAUGAACAGCAGUAUGCAUGUCUAAAUGUGUCGUUUGUACUGUUGCCCGGUUUAGCAGCGGUGACACCUCCGCACGGGCAGCACCAACUCUCACAGACAGUUCAGUGCGUGGAGAAUUGCCUGCUUGGCCUUCAUAUGCUGAUGAUAUCCAACGGUUUUACAUGGUGGAUCAAUCAGAGUUACUUAGCACCCACUGGAUUCGUUUGUACCUCGAGCUUGUUCUUUGUUAUAAAAUUUGGGAAACUGCCAGAGGGGAAGUUGGAGUUUGUAAAAGUGGCUAUAGAAACUGACGAGGAGACUCCGCUCAAGGCCAAAAGUUCAGUCCUCUAUAUAGCUUUUAAAGGAUUGGCUGUUGAUGGUGCUGAUGAGUCAGUUGAACAGAGAGCUAUAAUCAAAAGCGAGUUCAAUGAGCUUACAGGAUGCUUGGCUGUCAAGGAUGAGUUAUGCAAAGGUGAAGAUUAUGUUGCUCCUACAAGUGUAUUCGAGCGCCGCCUUGCUUAUCACCUAAGCAGAGUCCGCGCUUAGUUAGGCCACUAUCUGUUGUUUUGUUUUUUAUAUUUGGUAUCUUCGACUUUGGUGUCUUCGACUUUGCUGUAAUCAUAUAACUAUUUCUGUGUU